CCGCCGUCUUGACGGAGAUUGUCUAUUUCCUGAUUCCCAAGCCACCGCGGUAGACUUCCGAUUUAAUAUAAAUAAGUACAAUCCCUUGCGUCUACUACCUGAACAAGAAAUUCGCAGACGCAUCAUACCCUUCUAACUUCUGUUCUCUAAAUUUCCGGCAGCAUUUUCUGAUUCCCAGCGUCGAUUUUUACAGCAGCUGUUUCUGUUUGUCCCUCAAAAUUGUCUUUAAAUUACGAUCAAUCUCCUCUUAUAGAAAUUCAUAUUACAACUUCCGCCGACACCAACAUGAUGCUCAGAAUUCGCAGUAGAGAUGGCCUGGAGCGAGUCGCUGUAGAGAACCCACACAUCACAAUCGCUCAACUUAAAGCCGUAAUUCAAUCCCAGCUCAAAAUCCCAAUCCAGAACCAAACCCUCUCCACUAACCAAAAUAUUCUAUUGGCGAAGACUCAUGACGAUCUUUCCAAAUUCACUGACAUGUCUAAUCCUAAUACCCACCUCUCGUCGCUUAAUUUGUCUCAUGGGUCUAUUGUCUUUCUCGCCUACGAGGGCGAGCGCACUGUUGCUGGGCCUACUUUCCAUCCCGCCGGAUCCUUUGGCCGUAAAAUGACUAUGGAUGAUCUAAUUGCUAAGCAGAUGCGGAUCACUCGUCAAGAAAACCCGCACUGUGAAUUGGUCUCUUUCGACCGGGAUUGCGCCAAUGCUUUCCAGCAUUAUGUUAAUGAGACGCUAGCCUUCGCUGUCAAACGUGGGGGGAUGAUGUACGGAACCGUGUCCCCAGAAGGCAAGGUCGAGGUAGAUUUCAUAUAUGAGCCGCCACAGCAAGGGACUGAGGACAAUUUACUGUUUUUCCGAGAUCACGAUGAGGAAAGAUUGGUGGAAGCAAUUGCAGUUGGGUUGGGGAUGAGGAAAGUUGGGUUUAUAUUCACGCAGACAAUUAGUCAGGACAAAAAGGACUACACCCUAUCCAACAAGGAAGUACUCCAGGCGGCUCAGUUUCACUCCGAGAGCGAGUUGAAGGAGUGGGUGACAGCAGUUGUGAAGUUGGAGGUGAACGAGGACGGUGGUGCUGAUGUUCAUUUUGAGGCUUUUCAAAUGAGUGACAUGUGUAUUAGAUUGUUCAAGGAAGGUUGGUUUGAGACGGAUAUUGGAGAGGAUUUUGAUCCCAAGCUCUCGAAAAUGAAGAAAGACGUUGUUGUUGGUGUCAAAGACACUAGAGAUGUUGACAAUGAUUUUUUCCUGGUCGUCGUUAAGAUUUUCGACCAUCAGGGUCCACUUUCGACAAUAUUUCCGAUUGAAAACCGAAAUGCUCCUGUGACCAUGAAGGCAUUGAAGAAUCACCUAGACCGUUCAAAAGGGCUUCCUUUUGUGAAGCGAAUUUCUGACUUUCAUUUGCUGCUGUCACUAGCCAGGGUGUUAGACGUGAGCUCUGACGUCCCUGCACUGGCUGAGUGCGUUCAGACCCAGACAGCCGUACCUGAAGGUUACAAAAUAUUAAUCGAGUCUAUGGCAAGUGCUGCUUGAUAUACAUACAGUGUCAACUGAGACUGGUUACAGGAAGUUGUUCUAGAUUCUCAUUUACUUUCCAUCGUCCCUCUUGACAACUUAGAGAUUGUAGUUAUAUUUUAAUAUAUUGUCAUCUGAAAAUUCAUCACCAAAUUUAUACAAUCUCGAUAUCAGAUUUAUGAAGACAUCUAUUUAAGUUA